AUGGCCAUGUCUUGGAGCUCAAUCGCAAAGCCGGCAGAGGGGGCGCCAAGCGUCAUCUCCAUCGCCACUCACAAAUACACCCGACCAGUCGACAAGGAACCCGAACAGCCCUCUGUAGAGUUUGAACAAGACGAAGCAACCCCGGAGGCUUCUUCAUCUGCCGCCGAACCCGCCCAGGAUGCCGAAGAAGAAGGAAGAAAGACAAUCAGACACUUGAUUCUGGACGCUGGACCUUUGCUCUCUCUUGCGCCGUUGCGCGACUUGGCCACGAGCUUCCAUACAACGCCGCAAGUGUUUGCGGAAUUGAAGGACCUGAAGGCUAGGGAGCACUGGGAGAGGCUUGGGUUGACGGGCGUUGAUGUCAAGAUUGAACCCCCGACUGCUGAAGCUAUGGCCAAAGUGUCUGCUUUUGCUAGAAAGACUGGUGAUUACGCCGUCCUCUCACAAACCGAUCUCUCUGUUGCCGCCUUGACCUACCAAUAUGAAGUGCUGCUUCACGGCGACUCGAAGAUCAGAACGGAGCCGAAGCAGAAGAAGACUGGCGGGGGUGGUGGAAACGGAAAGGGCAAGGAGAAGGAGGCGCCCAAGAAGGUUGAGGUUGCCGAGGCUAAGAAGGAGGAAGAGGAGAAGCCUGUAGAGGUGGAAAAGCUCGCCGAGGCUGUUGAACAAGUCACUCUUGAACCCACAUCUUCCGAGGCCCCUUCGACCACCCCUGUCCCCGAAUCCGCCCCUGCUCAAGCAGACGACGCCGAAGAUGAUGAAGACGCCGGCGACUGGAUCAACCCCGCCAACCUCACUGUCCAUCGCUCCAGAGACCUUGGCCUCAUCACCCCCUCUGGCUCGACUGCCAAGCCCCCCGCUGUGGCUUGUAUGACGGGAGAUUAUGCCGUUCAGAAUAUCUUGUUGGGUAUGGGUUUGGGUCUGGUUGGCGAAGGCGGCAAGAAGAUCUCAAAGGUGAAGAGUUUCGUGCUAAGAUGUCAUGCUUGUUUCAAGAUCUGCAAAGACUCUAGCAAACGAUUCUGCCCCUCUUGCGGUAACGCUUCCCUCAUCCGCACGACCGUCUCCACCUCCGCCAAGACUGGCGAACAAAUUAUCCACCUCAAACAAAACUUCCAGUACCGUACCCGUGGCACCAUCUACUCCAUCCCCGACGCCAAGAUGGGCCGGGCGAAGGGUCAGCAGAAGGGUGGAAGCGGUUUGAUUCUGAGAGAGGACCAGAGGGAAUGGCAGGAUGCGGAGAAGGGUGAGAGGAUUAGGAGGGAUAAGGAAGAGAGGAAGGCGGCCAAGGGGGCUUUGGAAGGCUGGAAUGACCCUGACUGGAUGCCCGAGAUCCUGUCUGUUGGCAUGAACGGCAAGGGUCGGUCGAGUGGGAGAGAUAUGCCCAACAUCGGUCACGGGCGUAAAAACCCCAACCAAGGGAAGAGAAGGAGAUGA